AUGACCACCCUCAGUAUAAAAAGUACUUACCUCAAACAGCUUAUUUUAGACAACAUUCCGGAUGUACACUUUAAUAAACCAUUGCAGAAAAGUAAACCGGAGCAGGUAUUAUCCACCAAAACAAAGGAAACAGCAGUGGCGAUGGUAAUGGAUUGUAGCCAAAUUAAAGAAGAAAUCCAAGUACUAAUGAAAGCAGCACAAAUACUUCAGAAAAAGAUUUCAGCAUCGCCAAAAUGGAAGUUCCAAGGGUCUUCCGAUAGCUACACUCCUCCAGUAAUGCUCUACAUGUUCUGUCGACAAUUGAUUCAAGGAAGAAAGACGAUCCAGACUGAGAGGAAAGAUGCCGCAAUAUAG